AUGACGCAUUUUAAUCCCAAUCUGGAUCCAUCAUUAUUUUCCAACUCAUCACUCAACGCUGGAGAAAUUAAAGAGGGAAUUGAUGCGAACAAAGAUGAAGGACAGAUUUUGGAUAGAAACAAGAACAAUGAGGCUCUAGGAAGCGCAGGGCAGGCGGAGGGCCACAGCUCGGAAGGAGAGGGCAGCGAUAUGGUAGAUGUUGAUUUGGGAGGAAACUUGGGUAUUGAUCUAAUGGGCAACAUUGGAGUUCAAAGUGAUGAUUUGAAUAUGUCUGCAUCAAACCGUGAUGGGGAACAAUCCGAGCAGGAGUAUUCUGAGCGUGUCUCCGAAGACGAUGAAUUUUCAAUAUCCGAUUUUAGUGAUAACGAUGACACAAUAAACGUCGAAAAUAAAUCAAACGAAGUCACAGGCAUGAAUACUUUUCACUCGGCAGACAGCUGGAAGUCCGAUAAUGCCCCUCCCGCUGACGAGCCACCACCACCUCCGUCCUACUCCCCACCUCCAACACCGAUCUUGAGAUUGGCCCCAUUGUUUCCCCCAGGUGUCAGGAUGUCAUCAGCUGCUUCGUUGACAUAUUUCGACAACCCAAUCCAACACGCCAUCAGAAUCAACGCAAGAAAGGUUCGGGUACACGAUACGCAUGUUACCAUCGCUGAGCAUCGACUCAAACAUCUGCCAGGAAUGUGGCGACUAACUUCAAGAUUUCCGUCCUCUCUGCGAAGAUGCUGGGUUCCCUACGAUACCUUCGAUGAGUAUCUGGAAAACACCCUGGUCACUGUGCGCGACUAUGGAGCGGAGGAAAAUAUCGAGACGAUGGAAGAAGAUGAUGAAGAUGAUGAAGAUGAUGAAGAUGAAGUGGUCAUCGAUUAA